AAGAGAAGGUGGAGAUUCUGAGGAAAGGAAGCCAAUUGCUGUAAGGCCUUUUCUGAGACACAGACUCUUGUCAAAAGAUGAAGAGUCACAAAAAAUUCCUGAGAGAGUACAAAUCCCGGAUGAGGAAUUCAUAGAUGUGUUUGUGUGUAAUGUACACAGCACAGACAACAUCUGUGUCAAUCUAUCAGGGGGAGAAUAUGCAGAGAAACUGCUUGCUUUGGAACAGAGUAUGUUGUGCCACUAUGAGGAUUCAACUGCUGAAGAAACAGUUAAAGCUGUUCCUGGAAGCAUCUGUGCAGUAUAUUCACAGGAAAUUCAUUCAGAUGGUCUGUGGUAUAGAGUAAAGGUUCUAAAAGUAAAGGGAGACAAGGUUCUGAUAGAGUACAUGGACUAUGGGGACAAAGGAAUAAUACCAAUAACAAGCUUAUGGAGUAUUCCUUCCAGAUUUUUGGAAUUACCCUUUCAGGCUUGCACUGUCAGCCUCCAUGGACUGCCUAAAACAAAGAAUCCUGAAGUUCUGUUAAAAGUAAAACACAUGACACUCAACAAGGAUAUUGUGGCACAAGUUAUAAAAAGAGAUGGAAAUACAGCAUCAGUAGAACUGUACGACACUUCUUCUGAAGUUGAUAUCAACAUCAACACGAUGUUACAACGGUUGGUCAUUCCGGAUGAGGACAUGGCUCCACUUCUUCCCAAGGUUGGUGAGCAAGUUGAAGCAUUUGUGACUUAUGUUACACCGGAGGGUCACGUGUUUGUACAGAUUCCUGGUGGAGGGACUAUGAGAUUGCACGAACUGAUGGAAGACAUUGCCGAACAUUACUCUGGGAUAACAAAGGCUGCUGAGUUUGUAUCCAGUCCCCACAAAGACAAAAUGUGCUGUGCGCAUUGUUCAGAUGGGGUCUGGUACAGAGCCAUAGUGACAAAUGUAUUUCCCGAGAGAGAGGUUGAAGUACAGUAUGUUGACUUUGGAAACACAGAAGUACUUCCAUUAUCAAGCCUUCGUGAACCAACAAGAGCCAUAAGUCACGUCAACUCUCUUCCAUUCCAGGCAUUAGAAUGCAAGCUGGAAGGAACUGAUAAGACCCAUGUGAGUGAACGUUCUUUAUGCUUUUUGCAGCAGGGUCUGACAGAGGAACAGGCUGAAAUGAUCACCGAGAGAAAUGUAUUUCUUGAGGUUGUUCAGUUGGCAGAUGUUCCUUUAGUGAGGCUUUUUGUUUCCUCCGAGGAUGAGGAAGAUGCCCUAGUAAAUCUAGGGGAGGUGUUGGGAUUAGAGACAGAAGAACAAUCCGAAACAUUCGAUGAAGCAGCUUCUGCUGGAAUUGAUAGCAGUACUUUGGAAUAUCACGAUGAUGACAAAGACAGUGUGACGUCUGAGAGCUCGACGGAAGCCAGCAAGCCAGUAGAAGAUGACAACAUGACGACAUCACUCCUCUCCAAACAAUGGGUGGACAUUUGUAUACUUGAGGCGGAUAACCCCAGCAAGUUUAGGUUUCAGUGCUUGGAGCUCCUGCAGCAGAGUGAAGAACUUGAGGAGAAAAUCCAGCAUUACUAUACAGGUAGAAGCCGAACUCCUCUCAGAGAUAUCAGACCGGGCGUUUUCUGUGCGGUCUAUCAUGUCGAGGAUGACAUGUGGUACAGGGCAGUGAUCAAGGCUCCUUUCUCCCGUCAGCAGACUUGUGUGCGUUUUGCGGAUUAUGGAGACUUUGGUCUUGUGCCAUCGGCCAAUUUACAAGCUUUACCGGACGAGUUCAGAGAGCUUCCGCCAAUGGCUGUUGAAGGCUGCCUGCACGGAGUGGAACCAGUGGGAGAGGACCUAGCACAAUGGUCACAAGAGGCAAUCGACCGGUUUGGAGAGUUGACCACUGACAAGAAGUUAGUGGCAAAACCCAGAGGCGUGGCCAGUCACAGCCGGUUGACAAACGAAGAAACCAAAGUUUCACUUGAACUUUUUGACACUUCAGAAGGGAAUGAAGACGUGCUUAUCGCUGAUGUCUUGAUUAAUGAGGGCUUGGCGAAGAAAAUUAACGAAAGUUAAGUGGGAAAUGAAGUGGAAAAAUGCACGCCUUGAAGGCAGCAUCGUCAUUGGGUGUGCACUUCGUAAGGCGUUUGAGAAAAAAACAGGCACAUUUUGAUACGGCAAGAAAAAUAUUUUACGUUAAAUUCGAG